UUCAGAAAGAAGCAAAACCUCGAUAAACGAAAGUGGAAAUCAUAAAUAAUUCUUAUAGGUCCAUUACAUUGCUUCAAACAAUUAUACUAACACAUUAACUUACUCAGGGAUCCAGUCCAUUGAACGGAAUAUAUAAAGCGUAAUAGCAUAAAUUUAUUGAUUGCAAAGUCAAUGUCUAGAAGGAAAACCCGAUUUUCAGAAUCAGAAGACGUGCAAAAGAAUGACCAGUCAAAUGGAAAAAACAAUGCGCGAGUAGAUUGGACGCAUUUAGAAAAGAAGUUGAAAGUGGUUACAUCCCCUGGCAAUUCGUUCAGCAGUUCCAUCAUGUACACCAAGGCAAAUUACGCUCGAGUUUGCACCAUUUAUAUUCAAAACUGGACAACUAUGGAGCUCUCAAAACCGAACGCAACUAUAAAUACAGGAUGUUUAGCAUCGCCUCCACAGAACGUUGGAACAAAAAUGAAGGAAGUCUUGAUUGGUCACAAAGUUGGGUUUUCCUUAAGAGGAACAAGUGGAAUUGUCUCUUGGUUGUUGGAUAAUUUAGAUAGGCGUGUCAUAGUGAUGUGGAAUGUGCCAUUGUUUUCGUCGUCAAAUAACCUCGCAGUUGGCAUUACAAGCAGAGGAGUAAAGAAUCACAAUAUGAAUUGGUAUGAGUCGAUAUCUAGAAAUGACACAAGAGACGAUAUCUGCUAUACAACUGGUGUUUUUCAUGAUCAAUGCAACCAAAUCAUUUCUGAAGAUGACACACUUGAAGUUUUAGGAGAUAUGGGCACUGGUUCUCGUGCAGAUGUGAUCAUAACUGUCCGACCAAAAAAAAGGAAGUUUUUACCUAUAAAUUAAACAUUUGUAUAUUCGAUUGCUUUGAGUAACAGAUUACUUGAUUAUUAUUUAGUGUAUCAGACCUUGUACGACAAUGCUAACAGUAGAGCUAUAAAAAAAACAGUACACUACUGGCUGGAUGUAACACUGACACUUGAAGUUAAACCGACACUUUAUAGGAAAAGAGCCAUUCGUGAAUUUGGAGAUUUUGUUAGCACUUUAUCCUACUCCUUGUGGUGACCCAACUACCUUGUUUUAUAUAUAAAAUUGAUAUGAAAAGUGUU